AUGACAGACGCUACUAAGUUAGGAAAAAUAUUCAUUGGGGGGCUAUCGUAUGAGACGACUGAUGAGAAGCUUCGGUCGUACUUUGGUGCGUACGGCACAGUUACGGAUGCCGUGGUUAUGAAAGACCCGAUUUCUCGGCGAUCACGAGGCUUUGGGUUUAUUACAUAUGCGGACCCUUCAUGCGUUGAUAGAGCAUUAGCCCAGCCCAAUCACAUAUUAGAUAGCCGUCGGGUUGAAGCGAAACGUGCUGUUCCUCGUGCGGAGAGCAUGCGCGAUAUUGGAGGUGGCUCGAUAAUCAAUCGUGGUACUGGUACCAAUACAAUCUGUAGCAUAAGCGCGAGCAGUUUGGUUGGUGCCACAAAGAAGAUCUUUGUAGGUGGCUUACAUUAUGAAACAAAAGAUGCGGACUUCAAGAAGUAUUUUACGCAAUAUGGCAAGGUCGUGUCGGCUGAAGUAAUGUUUAAUCGGGAGACAAACAAAUCCCGUGGCUUUGGGUUUGUCAUCUUUGAGAGUGAAGCCAGUGUGGAGAUGGUUCUACAGGAAGCUAAUCACGUGAUUGAUGGCAAGUCAGUCGAGGUUAAGCGUGCUGUUCCACGUACGGACGUGCCUCCUCCACGAUCCGUCUCGUCUCGUGGAGGUUCCUUUAGUGGUCUCUCUGGACCAGGCUCUGUUGGAAGCUUGGACGAAAUAAGUACGGCUACGACUCCACCCGUGUCACUAUGUGGAAGUGUGCCGUCUUCUAAUGGUCUGGCCACUGCGAUGGGAUCCGAGAAGCUCAGUCGAACAUCGUCAGCUUCCGCAAAUCUCAUGCCAAAUGGAAUGCUGGGAGGAUACGCUGCCGCCGUUCGCUAUGGUGGUCGCGGAGUGCUUAAAAGCUCAAGCUCGAAUGCCAUGCCAUCGUCGUCAAUGACAUCGCCACGACUUAUGCCCAAUAACGAAGAUUCGUGCAGCAUCAACGGCAUCACCUUAGACUCCUCCGCGAUCAAUGGUGUUGCUGAUGCUCUUUCCAGUCUCGUAAUUGGCAAUGGAAGCUUUUCACGCGGAGGUGGUAUUUUGUCCGCAAGUAGCGCUAUCCCCUCUCCACCGCUGUCUGCAGGCUCUUCGUCGCGUGGAUCAACUGAUCAUUUUAUGGACUCAGCAACGACAUCAGUCACGAACGGCCACAUGUCCCCGUUAGAUGUCGCUUUUCAUCCGCUAGACAACGACCCAGUUAUUGAGCAAUGGAAGUUGUCUCCAAGCUUAGGCCCACAACUUUCACCGAGUGCACCUCAUUCUUCACCCACCAAGUCGAGCUUUGUUCUUCACGGACUCGUCGACGAUACUUCCCAGCACGGAUCGAAUCUCUCCUGGCAAGCGUCGCCCUGGCAGCAACAAUCGUGGGGGUCUCCGCCUUUACCGCGGACCCAACAGCAGCAACAACCACCGCUUCCACCCGUUCCUACACCAUUGUUUUCGAUCUUUUCUUCUCAGCACAAUGAAGGCACUAGACUGCAUGGAUCCAGCGCAUGGCCUUUAAAUGCAGACACGAGUUAUGACAAUAAUGACUCGAUUGCACCCUCUGGCCACGAUAGCUUUGGCAAUAGAAUGAUGGGUAUUGAUCUUUCUAUCGACGGUGGCUUUGGACAUACCGGUAGUGCGUUCGGAAUGCACUCUGAAAGUGACACAGACACACCAUACUCGUCGCUGGGGAACUUUUUACAGCCAGACUAUCUGGCAACAAAUCACGAUCAGCAGCAACUCGAAAAUGAAGGAGCAAAACAUUCACUUGACUCGUUUGGACAAAUGGUUAGCGAUGAUGGCGCAUCAGAUGCAGAUGAUUUGUGCAAGAACCCUAUCUCUGUGAACUACGACCUGCCAUCGUCUACAGCAGCGUACCAUCGGCAGUACAGAUAG